GGGCCUUUAUAAAGGAAAAAAAAACACGAAAACAAAUGCUGAAGCUGGGAAGCUGGGAAGCUGGGGACCUGCACAGCAUCCAUCAUGCCGGACUCAACAGCGCGGCUGCACCUCUGUCCAUUGGCGCCGGCUGCCAAUCAUUGACCGUCAGUUCUUUAGCGCUCAUCAGCGGCAGGCGGGAUACAUUCCAGGGUGACAUGCCAGGUGAGGCGGUAGGGCUAUACCGGUUUCCGCCCGCGUCGAGCUCAGGUCUGAAUCUGGACCUAGAGGUGCGUAGGUACAGCCGAGAAAAUUGACAACUGCGCCCUGAACUUACCGACGAACGGCGCAAGCUAGCUGUCAUAGCGCGAAAGGACAAGAAAGGCAGGAAAAGAGGUGGGGACGAGAAAAAGAAAAUAAGAAUACAGAACAAAAAAAAAAAAGAACUUGAACAGAAAAAAACAGCUGUCAUCCUUAUGGAGGACCUGUACCGUUGUUUCCGAUGAGAAAUUGACAAUGACGAUUUUGUCUCACGAUAAGCUAUGACGACGGAGUGGGGAUUUUGUAAAUCUGUAAAUCUUUCGAUCGAUCGAGCGAAAGCGGUGGUGAUCGAUCUCUCAAGAGUCUCAAUCUUUCGAUCAAAGAUUCAUUGAUUGAUUGAUUGGCAACAGAAACGAUUUUUUUUUAAUCGUGGAACCAUAUUCGUCUGUAUAUCUGUGAACAUGACGGUUGGAGUGAGCGCAGGAGGAGGAUCCGUAGCAGGGAAGAGGGUGAUGGACAUGUAUGCCAAGUUGGCCAAUGGCGCGCAGUCAUUACUUGCAAAGGCAACUUCUUCUGCUGAUGGCGGAAGGAAGGAGUCUCACGUGGUGGAUCCGGAUCGGGAUCGGGGCUUCACAGCGAUGAGGGUAUUCGCGCGAUCAGCGGCAGGGGGAGAAAAGAGGGCGAACGACGUCGACGCCAAGUUGGAAAGCGCGAGUCGAUCAUGGGUGAGGAAGAUGAUGAGAAUGAGAGGUACUACUCGUGCUCAUGGUGGAAAGGACGAAUCUCGGCCUCCCAUUGGGAGCGGGGAGGAUUCUUCGCGCUCGCGUUCCUCCUCCAUGAAGAACAUAGUUAGUUCGAUGGACGAGUCCGGAUCGGGAUCUUCGAUUAAUGGCAACAGCAGCAUCCGGAAGAGACCCGAGCAUCUUGUCGUCUUGGUCAACGGCAUCUUUGGAAGCGGGUAUGAUUGGACUUACUGCGAGAGAGAGUUAGGUCGACAUCUCGGCGACAGGACGAUGGUGAUGGUGAGUCAGGCGAAUUGGUUCUUUAAGACGUUCGAUGGAAUAGACAAGGCAGGGAAACGUCUGGCGGAAGAAGUGCGAGACACCGUGCGGGCGACACCGUCGCUCAAGACUAUCUCUUUCGUCGCUCACUCUCUUGGGGGGUUGAUUGCUCGAUACGCCUUGGGUUUACUCUAUGAUCAUCAUCGUGAUGAUGAUGAUCAUGACGAUGAUGGGGGGAGGGGGGGAACGGUCGCUCCUGCUGCUGAUCUCACGGAUGAACAGGAGACGAAGAUGGCGACGACGGCGACGACGGCGGAUACGGCGGGGCGAUUCGGCGCAAUCCGAGGUGGAGGUCGUGAGGAUGAGGAGGUGGAGGGUGCUUUCUCCUUCCGCGCCAAGUCAAUGGGUGGCUUGGCGACGACUAUGGCGAAGGUAGUCGAGGAGGAGGCCGGCGCACAGCAGAUGUGUGACAUUUCUGGUGACGAUCGUGGGGUCACCGAGAACGGGAUCCCUUCCACUUCCACUUCUUUCUCCUCCCCUUCCUCCUCCUCCUCCUCCUCCUCCUCCUACUCGUGCCCCGAAUUCUUCACGAGUGUUAUACGAAAGGUGGAUGGUAACAGUGGUGGCAGUGAAAAGGCCGCCAGAAGAGGCGGAAGAUCGAUUGCAGGCUUGAUGGCUCUGUGUUUCGUCACGCUGGCGACGCCGCAUGUUGGAGUACGCAAUAGCAAACAGCUUCCCUUCUUGAUGGGUAUCUCUUUUCUAGAGACGUUGGCUCCGACUGUGGCGCCCUUGUUGACUGGUCGAACUGGCAGGCAGAUCUUCCUGACGGACGGUGUAGUUGAGGAGGAGGAUGGCAAUGGCGGCGCGGCGCGGAGCAAGGCCAUCGCGGACCAAACGCAGCGACGAGCUACGCGAGAUCCUUUACUUGUCUUUAUGACCGUUGAUCAUCCCGACGAAGGAUUAUACUUCAUGUCAGGAUUGCAGGCGUUUCGGCAGAGGGUCCUGUACGCCAAUGUCCGGCAUGAUCAUAUGGUGGGAUGGGGAACGAGCAGUAUUCGGCGUCGGGAAGAGCGGUAUUCGGGGGCGACGGCGGCGUCGAUCUCCUUGCCACGUAGCGGCAGCUCAGCAGCAGCGAAUAAGAUGCCUCCUGUGACACGUGGCGUCAUCUCGGCAGUGACCUCGGUCUCCGUGCCACGUGGCGGCGGCGGCUCGGCAAUGGGCGCGGUCACUGUGUCCGGUGACCGCAGCUCGGCGUCCCAGCGGUUCAAGUACGUGAUUCGAAUGGAGGAUUGCCCCCCCGCCUCUGGGAACGAUUCGCAGAUGGCGGAUGCCGCACCCUCCUCGCGAUGGCGGAAGCUUGCAUCCCUGGUUGAACCGUCCAACGUUUCCUCUUCUUCUUCUUCCUUUUCUUCUUCCUCUUCUUCUUCUUCUUCUUCUUCUUCUUCUUCUGCUGCUUCUGCUUCUGCUUCUGCUCCGUUGUCUGGUGGUGGUGGUAAUACUCUGGGGUCGUUUGUGAAAGCACGGCGGGAGGAGGAGCAAGAAGAGAAGAUAAUUUCCCGUCUGGAGACGUUGCCAUGGACGCGAGUGGAUGUGGAUUUCCAUGACGCGUUCCUCUCCUUCUUCGCGCAUAACCUGAUUCAAGUGAAGAUGGAAUGGUUGCAUUCGGCUGGCAAAGAUGUCGUGGCGCACGUUGCGCACGUGCUCUCGCGUUGGAUCAGUGAGGAGGAGAAGGAGGAGGAGGGCACUGGGCAGUGAGGAAAGAGAGUAACAGAAUUUUCGCUUCCUGCUGUUUGUGCAUUUUAUAUUCCAUAUCCGCGCAGGCGAGGAGGGUUACCGUCUUCACCCGAAUCCAAUGCAGCGUUAUUGUGGCAGCAGGCUGUAUUUUUGGGGGUGAACGUUGUCUCGAUACAGCAGUAAUGACCGUACGUUGUAUUUGGGUGAAGACGGUAGUCGUUCAUCCACUUCUGAGAGAAGGCCGCUCACCAAAUGUGCAAAAUGACGAUGAAUCUCCCGCAAGAUUCUGGAAUGAUACACCCGCCAUAUUUUGCCGCCUUUUUCAUAUUUGGUGCGUGCUGCGGCGAGGCCCAGAGGUGGAUCUCGUCAUGUACUAUCAAACUGCGAAUGAGAUGAGGAAGAGAGUUGAUUGAGUUGUGUAAUUAUUGGACGAGGCGAGGGGGUUUCCUUCGCUGUGGGCUGUAUAGAUGGACCAGGGCAUCGCUAUUGCAGAGAUUGUUACUUUUUAUACCUUGAUUACAUGGAGCAUGGCUCAAAGGAGAAAGAGGGAUGAACGGCGAGAUUGUUACUUUUUAUACCUUGACUACAUGGAGCAUGGCUAAAAGGAGAAAGAGGGAUGAACGGCGUCUGACAUUUGUUCGCACGAUCGUUUCGAUUUGAUAGGGAGAAAAGUGGUUGGAAAGAAGUGGGCCAAUCUGUUCGUUGGCUAGGACAAGUCUUCGCUCGAGUACUUACGAUGUGCGCGUGGAUUCGUGACGGAGAGCCUGACACGACGUAUUCGACAGAGCGAAAGACCUGAUAGCUGUAGAGAGAUAAUAGACAGAGAGAAAGACCUGAUAGCUGUAGAGAGAUAAUAGACAGAGAGAAAGACCUGAUAGCUGUANGCUGUAGAGAGAUAAUAGACAGAGAGAAAGACCUGAUAGCUGUAGAGAGAUAAUAGACAGAGAGAAAGACCUGAUAGCUGUAGAGAGAUAAUAGAGAUAGGCAGGCAGGAAGACGCAUAUGGUUGGAUAGGUAGAUUGGUUUGUACGUAGGUGGGUGUAACGUGUGUGUGUGUGCGUGUGUGUGUGUGUGUUGGGGGUUACGUGUGUGUGUGUGUGUGUGUGUUGGGGGUUACGUGUGUGUGUGUGUGUGUGUGUUGGGGGAGUGGUUCGUGAUUUCCUUUUUUUUUGGUUUGAAGAUUGUCACAUGAUCUAAUUCGUCAUUAUUCAUUUGAAUAUUGGUAUUGGAUAUAUUUGGAUAUAUUUGGAUAUAUUUGGAUAUAAACCCAUGCAUGCGAUGACAUUGUAUCGAAUUUGAGGAGGGAGAGAGAGAGAGAAGAGAGAGAGAUGGUUCUGUGAGGAAAAUAGAGGUCAUGUCGACGAGGGGUGCAUGUUGGUAGGGGGUUGGAAAGGGGGGUGAUAUCCCUCUCGAGAGUGCGACCCCUUGCGCUUCGUGGGAGCAGUGGGAAAUGAGCGGAAUGGAGGUCUGGCUUUUUGCGGUCGUCUACGUUAUUCACGUUCCGAGGGUCUCCUCGAGAGUAAGAUUGCUGCCGUGGGAAUGGAGAACCUUACCAUCU